AGAUAUGCAGCGGGGGCUAUAUCAAAGAAUUCUGCCUUGAAGGUUUCGUACUACAGGGGCCUUCUAGCUGGCAGACUGGGUGAAACCAGUAAAUACAAAGGGUCGAUGCUUGCCGUUGGGCUCUCCGAAGCAGACAUUCGAUAUUGUUUAGACAAGGUUGAAGCAUCAUUUGGAUGUCUACGACUAGUCGUUGCUUGUGUCAAUAGCCCCAAGAGCCUUACACUAUCUGGGGAGGCUGAGCAAAUCGAAGCAUUACAUGGGCUUCUUGAAGAGGACCAGAUAUUUUCAAGGAAGUUGAUGGUUAAAGUCGCAUAUCACUCAUUCCAGAUGCAAGAGAUAGCAAGUGCUUACGAAGCCGCCAUUGGGAACUUGGAGAUACCGCACCAGCAAACAGGGACACUCAUGUUCUCUUCAGUCACGGGGUCAUUGAUUCAUCCAGAGGAGCUAGCUACCUCGGGUUACUGGGUCAGGAAUAUGGUAUCCCCGGUUCUGUUCAGC